AAAAAAACAAAUCAAAGACAAUCAUCAUUACAUUUUGCUGCUCAAUAUGGUCGAUAUAAUACAUGUCGACAAUUGUUAGAUACAGCAGGUUUCAAACGUAUUCUGAAUGAACCUGAUCACUUAGGUCAAACACCACUUCAUCUUUGUUGUCAAAAUGGUCAUACACGUGUUGUUCAGUUAUUAUUACAUAAAGGUGCACAAUUCACAAAAAGCUUUGAUGGAGAUACACCAUUACAUGAAGCAGCUUCGAAUGGACAUGUUUCAACAAUGCAUAUCAUUCUUCAAGCUCAUGCUCAUCUUAUAAAUUCAGUCAAUCGUCUUGGAAUGACACCAUUACAUUGUGCUGCUUUAGCUGGUCAUGUUGAAUGCGUUGAUUUACUUCUUUCAAAAUCUGCUGAAUUUCUAAAAAAUAUUGAUGAUGAAACAUUUUUUGAUUUAGCUAUUAUGAAAAAACAAAAAGAUGUUUGUCUUGCAAUAAUUAAUCAUGAACGAUGGAAAGAAGCAUUAGGUUUGACAAGUAUAAAAUAUCUAACACCAUUACUUGGUCUUAUUGAACAUUUACCAGACUGUGUACCUAGUUUGUUUAAUCGUUGCAUUACUCGAGGUCAUGCUGAUCGAAAGCACAAAGAUUUUCAUCUCAUUUAUGAUUUCCGUUAUAUCAACUGGACUGACAUCACUGUAGUUAAUGGAAAAGAAUAUCGUUAUCCAAUGUUGCCACUUAACAUGAUGGUAAAAUUUGGCCGUACAAAUCAUCUUAGUCAUCCAUUAUGUGAAACAUUACUUAGACAAAAAUGGUUAUCAUAUGGUUUUCCAAUCUAUAUGCUAAAUCUAACUUUUUAUCUUCUAUUUCUUUUUUCUCUUUCUUAUUUUGUAAUUACAUUUCCAGCAUGUAAUCAUCAUGAC